CGGGGGGACAGAGAAGGCGGCGGACUCGUACGCAGUGGAGGAGACGCCAUGUCGAUCUUCACCCCCACCAACCAGAUCCGCCUCACCAAUGUGGCCGUGGUGCGCGCCCGCCGCGCCGGGAAGCGCUUCGAGAUCGCCUGCUACCGCAACAAGGUCAUGGGCUGGCGGAGCGGCUCUGAAAAAGAUAUCGAGGAAGUUCUGCAGACCCACACAGUGUUUGUCAACGUCUCUAAAGGCCAAGUUGCAAAGAAGGAAGAUCUCGUCAAGGCUUUCGGGACUGAUGACCAGACAGAAAUCUGUAAAACGAUCUUAUCAAAAGGGGAGUUGCAGGUGUCUGACAAAGAGCGACAUACACAGCUGGAGCAGAUGUUUAGAGACAUUGCAACGAUUGUAGCCGAAAAAUGUGUGAACCCUGAAACCAAGAGGCCGUACACUGUAAUCCUGAUAGAAAGAGCCAUGAAGGAUAUUCACUAUUCGGUCAAACCAAGCAAGAGCACUAAACAGCAGGCACUGGAAGUGAUCAGACAGUUAAAGGAGAACAUGAAGAUUGAGCGAGCUCACAUGAGACUGCGGUUAGUUCUCCCACAAAAAGAAGGGAAGAAGCUGAAAGAGAAGCUUAAACCAUUGAUCAAAGUUGUAGAAAGUGAAGACUUCCAUGACCAGUUCGAAAUUGUAUGCCUUAUUGACCCAGGCUGCUUCAGAGAGAUUGAUGAACUGAUCCGGUGCGAGACUAAGGGGAAAGGCACGCUGGAAGUAGUCAGCCUGAAAGAUGUGGAAGAAGGCGAUGAAAAGUUUGAGUAAAUGCUUUUCAGGAACAGCAUUUCUGUGACGGACGCUGUAUUAAAAGGCAGGUCCAUCCUGCUAUGCCCUCAUGCUUUUCCAGCCUCUUGCUGCCAAAUUUUUGACACUAGUUCUACUUGGGAUUUUUUCCAUGUGGUGUUUUCUUGCACUUACUUGCAUAACAAGUGACUUUGAAUGGGAAGUAUUUGAAUGCUCUAGCCAAGAUAAAGUUAAAGACCUAACACUGAAAGUUUGCUGUUAGCUUCUUUCUGCCAGGGGUGUCUACUGCAGCUGAACACUGUUUGAUUUAGAUAGUAUGCCAAGCUGUUUUUCCUUUACCUAACUUCAGUGCUGCAUGGGAGGCUUUGCAAAAAACCUGUAGACAAGCAAGUGAUGUGUCAUCCCUAAAACAGCGCGCACAAUGAAAGCUAGGUGCCCUAGCCUGCUAUAAAGAAACAUAUUGAUGACUUGCAGACCUGUUUUUGCAGCCUUCAUUCAGUGGGGACAGAUGGGACACACUGUAUUUUUCAAAAGAAAUAAGAUUGCAGAGUAAUUUAUUCUUACAGCUAUGUUUGGAUAAGUUAAUAAGAAACUAUUGUUUAUACAUAAAAUAAAGCAAGUAUUUUUGUCAUAGUGUAGGAGUCAUCAGUGAUGAUGAGACCUCUUUCCACUAGAAUAGCCUUUGCCCCUGAGCUAUGGCAUGAUGCUUCUCUCUUGCUGUUCUCGCUGACGUGCACAUUCACUACUGAAAUUAACCAGGUCUGUAAUGGAUAACAGCCUCUGGCUAUGAUAGACAUGCUUCUCUUGUACCUUCAUUUCUCACUAGUAAUUGUACAUGCUCCUUUUCUUAUCCAGUCUAAGAGAAUAGGAAGGCAUUUCUCUUGAUCUGUCUUUAUUCUAAAUGUCUCUAGUCAGUGUCUAUGUAAAAUUUCUGACAAGGGGCUUGAGUGUAAAAUGAAAAUCUGUAUGUAACACUACUGGUAAGAUACUUUACAGAGCACCUGUUUGAGCUAGUUACCCUAUGUGUGUAUGUAACACAACUAAACACUAGGCUUCUCAGAGAGCAAGAGAUUCAUCGUUCCUGAAAGAGACUAGGGUAGCAGCGGUAGGUUAAACUAUUAAACAUGGAGAAUUGGCAAACUCUACAGCCACAGCUAACAAAGACAAAGCAGUCGGAGUUUAAACUAAAUUCUGUGAUAGGAGUAUCGAGCAGUAAAAUGUGUAUGCUAAUUAAUAGAAUCCACAGUGCCUGGUGCAAGGGGUACGUUCAUUUGCAUUACAUGACAAGCACAGCCACGUCCCUUAUUCUCAGUUGAUGCAUAUGUUUUCUACAAGGAGGUAAGACUACUACCGUAUACAAGCAAAGACAAUUGGAGUCAACUGAGGUAAGCAAGAGCUGGAAAGUCCUCUGUAAAUGAGAGUAGGAGGGAAUGCCCUUAGCAGAAAGGCCCACUAGUUCCCCCAGACUCAGCUUGGUUUAAGGCCAGCUUUGAAAAAGUCUUUAGAUGUACCAAAGUUUCACAGAUGGAGCCUAUAGCCCAGUGACCCUAAGCCCCUUUUAAAUUGUGGGAGCAAAUUCAAAAUGCCUGCUCAUCUGCAGCACGUCACUGCUACCUAUGUAAGUUAACCACCAUAAAUACCCCAUUCACUUCUCUGGGGACAUGGGCCCAAAUUCAGGGGCAUACAAACAUAAUGAGGCUCAUAAGCUGCUCUGUAGACAAGUCCUUACUGAACCAUGCCCAUCUUUGAGAUGACCAUUCCUCUUUCAUAUACACUUUAAAUGGUGAGAGUAAACACUGUUAUUUAAUGUGUCACUGGCACUUGGUGUUAACAUCUGGUUGACAUUAAAUUGGGCUCUUUAUGAGACUCAUCCAAUACUUUGGGUUGUGUGGAAACAUAACAAUGCAUUGCUUACAACCACAAGGUCUGUUUUCCUUUACAGUUUGGUGUCUGGAACAGCUUGGUGGUUACCCAAGGGAAAAACCCAGGAUUUGAGCCUAGUCUGAUGUAUAGCUUAUUGAGAGCCUUGCAAAUCUAUCUCUGUAUUAAGGCUCUUUCUGUACUUGGAGGGGGUGAGUUGAAGGUUGUUUCUAGUAGUAGAAGUUCUUUUUGAUUUAAAAAAAUUCAUAUACACUUGGUUUAUUUACGUGUCAGCAAGGAUGUUUGCUUGGUAUCAAAAUAAACCCCAGUAAAAGCUUACAA